AUGAACGAUACCAAACAGAGACAAUAUAGCAGAUUAGCGGAACAAUUAUCACAAUUGCAAGAUAAUUUGGAGGAAGCUACACAGCAUCUUGAUACUAUGUCUAAACAAUGCAAUACUAAUAUAAUAAAUCAACUAGGUAAGUUGCAUGCCAGUUGGUUGAUGGGAAGUGAUUUAUAUUUCCAAGAUAAAGUGACAUCAAAUGCGUCCACUCGUGCUGCUAAUGAUGCUAAUGAGAUUACAACGAGUGAAACAAUGGAUAAUGAGAACAAUGGGGUUAACGAAAAUAGUGGUGAUAGCAAGUAA